GAGAGAGAGGACGGAAGGAAAAAAAAAAGAAAGGGAGUGCCUGUGAUUGGUAAGCUUUGCAAAGGCAUCUGCCAGCGGGACUUUAGUGGAAUGUGAAACCAAAUCAUUUACAAGUUAAAGAUAGAUGCAGAAUACAUAGCAUCUUGAGCCAGGGUUUAAAUUCAUCUUUCUCUGCCUUGCUUCUUCUAAAGUUCUGUUUUGUUAGCUUUCCCUUGUCCGUUUAAGGACUUUAGUAUUUCUUUAAAUAUAAAACAACUGGAUUUAUUGGAAUUAAGGUGGCAUAAGAGAUCAUGGUACAUACUGUAGGAUCUUCACUGAGUCCUUCCCUCAGACUUGAAAUUACUAAGGAGAGCUUCUAACAUGAAAAAGGCUAAGGACAGACAUUCAAAAAACCUGAGCCUGAAUUGAUUCAUUCUUUACAGAAUGAUUGAAGAUUGUGGGAAAAGAGGAAAUACCAUGGCAGAAAGAAGGCAGCUGUUUGCAGAAAUGCGGGCUCAAGAUCUGGAUCGCAUUCGUUUAUCCACGUACAGAACAGCAUGCAAGCUUAGAUUUGUACAAAAGAAAUGCAACUUGCAUCUGGUGGACAUUUGGAACGUUAUAGAAGCCUUGCGAGAAAAUGCAUUGAAUAACCUGGACCCAAGCUUAGAACUGAAUGUGGCUCGUCUGGAAGCCGUGCUUUCAACUAUUUUCUACCAGCUCAACAAACGGAUGCCAACCACUCACCAGAUCAAUGUGGAACAAUCCAUCGGCUUACUGCUCAACUUCCUGCUAGCAGCCUUUGAUCCGGAAGGACAUGGUAAAAUGUCUGUUUUUGCUGUCAAAAUGGCUUUGGCGACUCUUUGUGGAGGAAAGAUCAUGGACAAAUUAAGAUAUAUUUUCUCAAUGAUUUCAGAUUCCAGUGGAGUGAUGGUUUAUGGAAAGUAUGACAUGUUUCUGCGGGAGGUUCUUAAAUUGCCUACUGCGGUCUUUGAGGGUCCUUCAUUUGGUUACACAGAACAAUCGGCAAAAUCCUGUUUCUCUCAACAGAAGAAAGUCACGUUAAACGCUUUCUUGGACACUCUCAUGUCUGAUCCUCCACCUCAGUGCCUGGUGUGGUUACCACUUCUGCAUCGGCUGGCAAAUGUUGAAAAUGUCUUCCACCCUGUUGAGUGUUCCUACUGCCACAGUGAGAGCAUGAUGGGAUUUCGGUAUCGGUGCCAACACUGUCACAAUUACCAGCUCUGUCAGGACUGCUUCUGGAGAGGGCAUGCCAGUGGUUCCCAUAGCAACCAGCACCAAAUGAAAGAGUACACGUCAUGGAAAUCACCUGCUAAGAAGCUAACUAAUGCACUUAGCAAGUCUUUAAGCUGUGCUUCCAGCCGUGAACCUUUGCACCCAAUGUUCCCUGACCAGCCUGAAAAACCUCUAAACCUGGCUCAUAUUGUGCCUCCCAGACCUGUAACCAGCAUGAAUGACACACUCUUCUCCCACUCUGUUCCCUCAGGAAGUCCUUUUGCAAACAGAAGGUUACUUGAGGGUAUAAAUGUAGCCAGUCCUGUGGCUGAUGAGCAUUCUCUUAUAAAGCUGUAUGUAAAUCAGCUUCACAACAAUUCACGCUGUCCUGUCUUAUUAACUAGCUCUCCUUACAAGAAUAAUGAAGUAGAGCAGAACAAACUUCUGGCUAGGGCUGCUCCAGCUUUAUUGAAAGGCAAAGGGUUACAGUACAGCCUCGAUGUUGCAGACAGGCUGGCCGAUGAACAUGUACUCAUUGGGUUGUAUGUCAACAUGCUCCAGAGCAACCCCUCACGCAGCAUGCUUGACAGUUCGAGCCGUCUUGAUGAAGAGCACAAGCUGAUCGCCAGGUAUGCAGCAAGACUGGCAGCAGAGACCUCUUCAUCACAACAGCAAGGUCAGCAAAGGGGUGCAUCAGAUAUCUCUUUCACCAUUGAUGCAAACAAGCAACAAAGACAGCUGAUUGCAGAGCUUGAAAAUAAGAACAGAGAAAUUUUACAGGAGAUCCAGAGGCUGCGACUUGAACAUGAGCAGGCGUCUCAGCCCACACCAGAGAAGGCACAACAAAACCCAACUCUCCUUGCAGAGCUUCGACUCCUGAGACAGCGGAAGGAUGAGCUGGAACAGAGAAUGUCUGCUCUCCAGGAAAGCCGGAGAGAGCUGAUGGUUCAGUUAGAAGGCCUCAUGAAACUGCUAAAGGAAGAAGAAUUGAAACAGGGAACUCAAGGAGCAGGCUCACCUCGUUCUUCACCCAGUCACACUAUCAGCCGUCCAAUUCCUAUGCCUAUCAGGUCUGCAUCUGCCUGCUCCACCCCAACCCAUACACCUCAGGAUUCUCUGACAGGAGUAGGAGGAGAUGUGCAGGAGGCUUUUGCUCAAAGUGCAAGGCGAAAUUUAAGAAAUGACUUACUGGUGGCAGCUGAUUCAAUCACCAAUACCAUGUCUUCUCUGGUAAAAGAGCUAAACUCAGAAGUGGGCAGUGAGACUGAGAGUAAUGUCGAUUCUGAAUUUGGACGGACACAUUUUGAUGAUCUUGUUCCAUCACCAACUUCUGAAAAAGCUUUCCUUGCACAAAUCAAUGCUCGGAAGCCAGGAUACAUUCAUAGUGCAGCUGCCACAGGAUCUAUUCGCAGUGACAUGGUUACAGAAGAUGGAGAUUCCUAUGUUAGAGCAGAUGAUGAGAACUAUGAAAAUGACUCUGUUCGUCAGCUGGAGAAUGAGCUCAAGAUGGAAGAAUAUCUGAAACAAAAACUUCAGGAUGAAGCCUACCAGAAAGACAUGGGUGAAAUCCAUUUGCCACUGAAUUGAACAGAAAACUUCCAGUGACUUCAGUACAGUCAGUCUUCAAGGUUGAGUGCAAUAUCCUUCUAUCACUCUCCUCUCAAAUCAGCUUUACAUACACAGAGAAAUGCACCAGCACGGAGAUUCAACGUGAGAUUCUCCAGUCCACUUCAAUUCUACACAAGAAAGGCAAGCUGCAGUCAGACAGACAACGAAAGCUAUGUACGAACUGAUGAUGAGGAGAGCUGCCUUCGAACAGAUGAUGAUGAUGAAAACCUGGCUGCAAACUUCACAGAAGAAUGGAACCAACAGGUGCAGCAUCUCUUGACAAAAAAAUCAAAUGACUAACUAAGUUCUGAGGACUGUAGCACAGUACUUUUGUUCUAAGAGUUGUAGUCUGUAGGUGUGUGUUUUGAGAAAAAGACUUUUGUUUAAAGCUAACUCUUAUUAGCUACAUCUUCUGUAACAUGGCUCAUUACCGGUGAAGAACACAGGCUGAAAUGUGUACUGCUGUUACAAAACAACAGCAGCACUAACUAAACAUGUAAACCCUUUGCACAUGAUGUUGAACCUGUUCCGUUUACAAUGACAAUAUUAAUACUGUUUAUAGAUAGGAAUUUGAUUUCUGAAUACUUUGAGAUUUUAGUAGAACAGUUUACUAUACACUGUACAUUUUUUCCACAGAAGAAAUAAAAAGCUACAAUUAUGCAUUUAACAAUAAAUGAUUAUACUCCUGAGUGUAUAUAUCUAGUAGCCCAAAAGCAAAGUACCAGGCUUUAUCUGCAAUUUGUUUGCAAGUCUUUACAUAAAAGGACUUGUACAAAAUGCAGUAAAAGAAAAAAAACCUCUCUAAUUUAGGGCUAACGUGUAACUUAGGAAUGUUUUCUUUCAAAAUAAUCUAAAAAUCAGCCAUAGAAGUUAGUGUAAAUAUUUUUUCCAAAUAAAUAUCAUAUACAAAUGGCAACAUUCAAAUUAUAUAGAAUCUAGUUUUUAAAUCAGCACAGAUCUUCUUAAAACUGUGAACUAUGUUUUGAAAUACUCGUUACUAAAGCUGUUUAUAAACCACAGGUGCCAUAAGAUCCCUGAACUGACUGAAGUUAUGUAUAAUCUUCCAUGGUAUUGUUUCAUUGAUGUUUUAGCUUUAGUAAGCAUGUGUUCAACCGAUUGGCUCUUCCCAUUUUUUCUCCAAACCCAUCAUGUUAUUUUGAGGCCUUCAGCUUUAAAUGUACAGGCUUAAAAGUGCGCUUGCAACUGUUUUCUUUUAUUUCCAAAUGUGUAUUGCCUUAGCCAGCCACCAGAUGUUCUGCAUGCACUCUUGGAAACGUGUAGUGAGACUCUCUUUCACAGCUGAAUGGAGACAUAGCUGUCAGGGAAAAGCACAAGAAAAGCAGUGGAUGUUUCUGAGAGAACAAGCAUAGAGUUACAAAGCUGGAGUUUUGUCCCUGUAAAUAACUCUUAACAUUUUAUCUUAGCCCUGGAGAAUUCGAGGAGAAAAUGAGGCUUUUUGAUCAUUCAGGAUUAUAAAAAGGAAGUACUAGCUAUAAACUGCUUGCCCUACCAUUGCUAUUAUCCAACAUAUAGUUCUGAGCAGGGAUUGAAGCAAAGUAUCUAGUAAUAUCUCACACAUAAGAUAUUACUUCUGAAUAAAGUUACACUGUCUAGCAGCCCUGAAAACAGUACAAUUUCAUAUAGAUAUUCCAUAUCUGGCACAAUCUACUAACAGUGAGUAAUAAGGUAUUGAUUUAAAACAACCCAAUGCAUGUCUAACUUCUGUUCUGUGGUAGCAUCUAGGGAUGUGUCCUACCACUUAAAAAUGAGAUUGGUACAUAGCUUGUCUCAAUACAUUAAAUCGGUGUUAGUCUGUAGGCAGUCUUUAGUCUCAUGACUGUUUCAAUGGGACUGCUUUUGGGUAAAAUGGAUCUGUAUGAAAGAGCUACUGCGAUUUUUCAGUUUCGUAUUAUUGCUUAUGCAGAUUUCUUGUCCACAACUUCUUGUAUAUCUGAGUGUGGUCUCAGACACCCAAAUCAAAAGAUACUAUUGCUACCAGAUGUCUUUUUCUAGGUUGUUCUUUUUUUUUCCCCAAUCACUGGUUUUUGCUUCUGUGGUAUGUGCCAACCAGAAAAGGUAGGCAUCAUACCCUUUGAUGGCAUACCUCUCCUACAAACUCCUCUCAGGAAUGGGUGAGACUCCACUAGUGCCUAGCACUCAACAUUUAAAAUUAUUGCAGUGAAAUUAUAAACAUUGCUGUCAGCUCAGGAUUCCUGUCAAGCAUUUCCUAAACAAAGACAAACUGAGCAAGAACAAAUCUGUGUGUCACGGCUGACUGAUUCAACCCAUGUCAUGUUUAAUUGUACCUGGAGUAAUAACUACAUUACAUAAGUCUAAUGUUUGUGUACACACCAUCAUCAUGGCUGAAAUAGGUGCAAUAGUAUGAAUCCAUUGGAAGGGCUUCAGGACCCAUAGUAAUGACAAGCGUUGACAAGCCAAGCCCCUCUCUCUCGGUCUGGCGUCAGCAAAGCAAUCCCAAACACAGUUCUAGGUGACUUCUUGUACUUCAGAACUCUGAAAUGAAGCACUUCUUAUUUGGCUCUCCAGAUCUCUAUUUUAAACAUUUUUGAAGCAUCAAGCUGGCUACAUUUUAACCCAGCUGUUCUUUGUCAUCUUGUUAAAGAUUAUUUUGAUUGUGUUUUGUUGUCAUUAAGCAAAGUUACAGAAAUGGUCCCCUGCACUGGCCAUUUUGUAACUACAAAAUGGCCAAGCACAUCAGUCAAAACUCCCCGAGUGGUUUACUGUUACUGAAGGGAAAUUGAGAAGCAGGAAACAGGAGUGUGAAGAUGAAUAGGGUUCUUGAAUGUUCAAAAUGAAGGUGGACAAUGGGUUAUCUGUAAGUAGUAACAUUAACUAAACUGCAUAAAAAGGUGUGUGGCCUUUGUUGUGAUAUAAUAUGUAUUUUCUUAUAUGCAUGAGCCAAAUUGUUGCCUCAUUAUUUAACACAGGUGUGUCUGCCUUUACUUUUAGUCAUCUUCUUCCAUCCUUAUUGGUCUUGGCGAUUACUGUAGAUAGACCUUGUAAAUAUUGCAACCUCAGGUUGCUGCAAUUACAUUGGUUCAAUUCAGCAGAAGGAGCCGUAAACAGCAAGCACUCCACUGUGUCCUGAAGGGAAAAGUAAUUUUUACCUUUGAACCAAAAAUGUAUGAAGAGUUACAUCUUGAGGCUACUAACUGUAAGACAUUUUUAACUACUGUACUUGACACCACUUGAGACAAAGACACUAAAGAUUUCACACUAUUCAUUGGUAUUGUAACAGAACUGCUAUUGUAUGGGUUUUUUGUAUUGCUGUUAAGUAUUGUUUUGUGUGUGUGUUGGAACCUACUGGGGACAUGUUAUAUUUUGAAGUGAUUAAACUAUUUAAUUGUGUGUCUAUAUUUUGGAAUGGAAUUAUUUCUUCAUUAAAAAGAUUUUUAAAAGUAA